CACAAUUCCUCUUUAUUUUUCAAGAAGAAAACGUGUGCAAACAUGGAUCGUCAGCUGACAGAACAAGAAAUACGCACUAUGUUUGACCACAUGGAUAAGAAUCACAACGGAUACGUGACUGCUAAAGAACUAAGAUAUUAUUUAAAAUUACACGGUGCGAGAGUCACAAAUAAAGAAGUCAAAGACUUCAUUCGUAAGAUUGACGAAAGUGGAGAUGGUCAAUUAAGUUUGCAUGAAUUUAUGAAAGCAUUUUCACCACAAAGAAGAUCCUGUACUACAGACUUCAGGACAAUACGAAGAUGAAUAUUUGGUUGUCGUCUAAUUUCAAAUAUUUAAUCAACAAUUUUAUAGAUUUACUAAAAUUAUUAAAUGAAAAUGCCUUUAGUAUUAACGUAAUAAUAAAUUCGUUUCGUCAAAAUAUUUUGGCUUUUCAAACAAAACAAAAC